AUCGCUUGACCUUGUUGACCCCCAAAACAUGAUGCGCCCGCCUCUGUUCAAAACGCAGCGCUCCUCGUCCAUGCCCACCCCCAAGGGCGACAUCUCCCCCCCGGCCAAGGAACGCGGCGCCCGGAUCAGCGUCAGCAACGAGAACAACAUCCUGCUGGACCCGGAGGUGCUGACGGAGUACUCCACGCAGGCGCUGGUGCUGACGGUGCUGGCUACGCUGGUCAAGUACACCACCGACGAAAACGAGAUGCGCGUCUUGUACGAGUAUUUGGCAGAGGCAUCCGUCGUCUUCCCUAGAGUGUUCCCCGUCAUCCACCCCCUGCUGGACGCCAAAAUCACCUCGGUGCUCUCGCUGUGCCACGACGGAGUGAUCCUCAGCGCCGUGCAGUCCAUCAUCCAGAACAUGGUGGCUUGCGAGGACCAGGCGCACCAGCAACUCCACCAACUUCAGAGCUGGGGCUUUGGCGGACUGUGGCGCUUUGCUGGACCAUUCACCAAGAACAACUGCACGGCGGACAACGCAGAGCUCUUUGUCAACUGCCUCGAAGCCAUGGUGGAGACGGCCCUGCCAGCGGACGGAGACGAGGCCUCGGAGAUGGAGCUGGCCCAGUACCCCUCCAUGCUCUCCGUGGCAUCCGUCAACCUGUCCUCAUCCAUGUCCUCACUCACCCUCGCCUCACCCACCGAGAAGGAUGGUGGCUUGAAGUACUGAGGGAGUG